AUGUCAUACUUUACAAGCCCAGAAUUUCUCCGAGUGCUUGUUCUAGGCUUGGUCACGAGCGCGCAUAUGACAUGGCGACGGCUCGUCAACCAACUGGUGCCAGUGCCAUAUCUGGAUGAAUUCUUCCAUGUACCGCAGGUCCAAGCCUACUGGCUAGGCAAAUGGACACAGUGGGAUCCGAAAAUCACCACCCCACCGGGCCUAUAUAUCUACUCCUACAUUGUCAAUUCGAUCCGGGACUUCUUCUCAAAGGAGGACUUCAAACCAUCCGUGAACGAAUGGAGAUCCACGAACGUCCUCCUGCUCUACCUGUUGCUGGUCGCAUGCUACAUCCUCACCACGGUGCAAAGGCGGCCAGUCAACCACGAAGGCGUACUCCAGCGCGAAUUCGCCAUUAUUCUAUUCCCGUUGAUCUUCUUCUUCUCAGCCCUCUAUUAUACCGACCUCUUCAGCGUCUUCACCGUCGUGCUCACUCAUAUCUUCUGGACCGCCGGCAAUUCUGCGACCACGGGCAGUAGCAAAUUCAUUUUUCAGAUCCUCCACGUCGUCACUGGUCUGAUCAGCUUGGCCACGCGACAGACGAACAUUUUCUGGGUGGCCGUGUACCUGGGAGGACUUCAGGUUGUUGAAAGCGUCAAACGACGCCGUCAGAGUCACCAGGCUGAUCAUAACGAUACUACGAUCCAGAUCCACGAUCCUUCUGUACCUGAAGCAUACUUUGGAGACUACGUUAAGACCAGCAUAUCUCUCGUCCAGGCCAGCCUUACAAUGCUGCCACAACUCCUGCUCGACUUGUGGCCGCACCUCUGUCUUCUUGUAGCCUUCGGGGCCUUCGUUGCAUGGAACGGCGGCGUCGUCCUCGGCGACAAGGACAACCACGUGGCCACCAUCCACCUCGCUCAAAUGCUGUACAUCUGGCCCUUGAUCGUGUUUUUCUCCUGGCCCGUGCUACUUCCUCAAUUCGCGACUUUCAGCAAACAGCAUCGUCUGCCCCGACUGAGCACAUCGCUGGCUGUGCUCGCACUCAUGCUCAUCACGGUCCAUUUCAACACUGUUAUCCAUCCCUUCACACUCGCCGAUAAUCGCCAUUACACCUUUUACGUCUUCCGAAUUCUCAGGCGGCACUGGUCGCUGAAAUACGCCGCCGUUCCUGUCUACUUUGUAUGUGCAUGCUUGGUGCUGGGGGCUCUCGGUGGCGGCGGCUACGCCGGCUCCCCUAGAACAAAAACAACAACCGAGUCGAACAGAUUGGGUGUUGAGAAGAAGCCAGGGCAAGAGCGAUCCACCAAAAAGGUCCUGUAUGAAGCAAACGUUGACGAAGACGACACUGUGCGCGUGAGCUGGGUGCUCAUCUGGCUGGUUGCCACGUCCAUGUCCCUCGUCACCGCGCCGCUGGUCGAGCCUCGCUACUUCAUUGUCCCAUGGCUGACCUGGCGACUGGCGGUGCCUGAAUAUCGACACCCAUCAGCAGCUGCUGUUGUCAGCGCAGCGGAAGAAAAGAGGAAACCGUCGUCUCCAUCUUCGCAAAGUAGAACCGAUUCCUCGGUACGGGAGGCCGAGGCUGCGUCCACCCGUUCGAGCAGCAGCACCACGCCGGUGCCCGGCGUACAGGCCCUCCUACGCACUGCGGCGUCGUACUCGUUCCCACUUGAAUUACUAUGGUACCUGCUGGUCAACCUGGUGACCUGCUACGUCUUUCUGUACAAGGGUUUUGAGUGGCCACAAGAGCCAGGGAAUGUACAGAGAUUCAUGUGGUAA